UCCACUAUUCUGCAAGCCUCCCCUGAAUGAGUCAUCCAGCCGGCUCCUGAUUGGAUAAGACCAUUCCAUCCCAAGGGAUUGCCUUGCAGAGGCAGAAAGGCCUUGCUUCCAUUCACAGAAACACUGGUAUGCCAACCUGCUAUUUCAUUCACAUAAUAGAAAAAAAAUCACUUUUUGUUGUUCUUGUUUUUUCUUGGUCCUCUUCUCUUCCAUCCUUUGCCUUUUUGCCUGUUCUUCUGAUUUCUGAGAGCUUGCCUCAUCACCCCUGCCUUUAUGUUUGCCUUUGUUUCUGAGGAGAAACGGCAGACGUGCUGUCUUUUUUUCCCUCCCUCAUUGCCUUGCAGGAACAGGAGAUAUUGGGAAGGACUGCAGUGCGAAAUCUGCAGCAGAGUGAAAGCGGAAGCUGCUUAUGAAUGAGAGUCGGUCUUUGAGCGCAGCUAGAUGCUUCUGAGGACAUUUUUUCUGAACGUGUGCUUUUCUGCCAUCGAGGGGAGAAAUGAAUGCUGCAUCGCUGCUGGUUUUUAAGGAGAUUUUCAUUGGUUUUGUUUUAACUCGUUGACUUUUCUGCUUGAAAAACGUGUGUCCUUAUUUUGUUUGUUAUUUGUUGACUUAUACCAUCCAUUCAUUCAUUCAUACAGUUCCACCAGGAUCAGUUCUGUUUUUAUCUCUUUGUAUCCUAGAUGUUAAAUAAUGAAUUUUGUCUUUUUUUUCCAAAAAAGCUAACAGAAGUUGUGCAUGACACAUUUGUUAGAUCAUCUCAUCGAUUAUUAUUUUUUGUCAGAAAUGUAUUUUUGAAUUGAUGUCUGAUUACAAAAAUGUUUUGCAGGAAUGACAAGUGCACUGAGUAGUUGUAGAUUUUGGAUAAAACGAACCCAGUCGUGAUCUUUGCUCAUGUUGUGUUGCUUUUAUAGAAUAACAUGGGCAAUAUUACCCUGUUACUUCCAGUCAAGUCACAGUUUUGCACCAUAUUUCUUUUUCAUUAUUCAACAACAUCUUUAAUCACAUAUAUUUUGGAUUUAGUAGGCCGUGAUUGUGUGAACGUCAGUUAAAUCAGAUCAGUUUAUUUUUUAUUUAGUUUUUAAUGAUCAGUUUUCUUUUGUCUUAUCAUUUUUAUCAUGGUCUUAAUGACACAAACUUGGGUUAAUUUUAGGUCAUAACUGGUUUUCUGAGUUGGAACAUCAAAUAUUCUGUAAUUCUCCAUUUCCUUUUCUCAGAAAUAAAUGUUGGGCGAGAGUUAUGGAGGAUAAACACGAGACGAGGGAAUUUAAAAAUUGAUUGGUUCUGGUGUGCUGUAAGUGGGAGUUUUUUCUCCUCUCCCUCCAACAGGAAGUGAUUUGCAGUGUUCAGCAAGCCUUUUGUUGAGAAGGUUUUCUCAGAUCAGUGAGUCAUGCUUUAGCUCGGAGCCAGCAGGCAGGCAAGCAACAGUCAGCAGAGAGUAUUUGCUUUUUCCUCGCAGUGUCCGUGAUCAUCGCUGAUCUUUUCACUGUUUUAGACCUUUUGGGGGAGGAUUUUGAGGCGAGAUUUUAGAAGGGGUAGAAGCAGCAGCAGCAUCUCCUCUGGAAAAGCAGCUCUCCAACUCUGGCAGUGUUUUAUAAUCCUCUUCCUGUCAUUCACGGAUUGUCUGUGUUUUUCUAUCUGACGGACUGGAUUUCUGCUCUGGAUUUUAUUGAUAGCAGAUUGGACUUUGGGGAAAGCAGCAGCAGCUCAGCACAUCCAGCACUGUCACCCCCAGUAGAAAAAAAAUUCCAGUCAGGUGGCCUGUGAUUGCUGAAAGGCGUUUGCUGCCUGUAUCGUUGUUGCUAUGUUAGAGGAGAGGGUAAUCAGCGCGGCUCAGCCACGUCUGCCAGCACGCCUGUGAAGGAGGCAGGCUGAGUGUGUUGGUUGGUGGAGAGAGCAGAGAGAGCAAGAGAGAGAAGGGUAUGCUUCACCGUACCAAGUACAACCGCUUCAGGAAUGAGUCCGUAACAUCCGUCGAUGAGCUUCUCCACGGCCUGUCCAUGAACCCCAAGGUCUCGGCCUCCGCUCAGUCUGCAGCCGAGACAUCCUACACACCCCCGGCCGAGGUUCAACCAUCCUCCACCCCUGCUCCAUCCAGCACCAUCACCAGCCACGGCUCUGACCACCUGGAAGAUGGAAGCACCACCCUCUGCACCCUCAUCAACAAAGUCUCUAGCCUGAAAUUCAGCAACUCAGGCAGCUUGCUCAGCAUCAAGGGUCUGCCCUCGGUCGUCAAGGACCUGGCUGUGUCCAAGCUGCAGGGGGGUGGGGGAUCAGGCUCAGGCCUCUCCAGUGGGACGAGCCCCAGUGUGGCGGCAGCGGCGGCAUCAUCAGCAGCCUCUGGUGUGGGAGGCUCUCUGUGCAGCUCGGUCUCCCAUACAGCCCCCUGCACGCAACUGGAGCCGGCUGUCAGCAUGCGCAAGAAGAGCAGGCUGGAGGAUCAGCAGCCUAGUAGAGAGGACUGGGGUCCAGGUGGAGGUGGUGGACUGGUGAGCAAACCCCCCAGAGGAUGGCUGCACUCAAACGAGAAGAUUUCUGGUCCAGGAGUCACAUACAUUGUGAAGUAUCUGGGCUGCAUCGAAGUCCUGCGGUCUAUGAGAUCCCUGGAUUUCACCACUAGGUCACAAAUAACACGGGAAGCCAUCAGCUUGUUGAGUGAAGCUGUUCCUGGAACCAAAGGAGCACCGAGGAAGAGGAAGCCACCGUCUAAAGCUCUGUCCAGCAUUUUGGGCAAGAGCAACCUCCAGUUUGCCGGCAUGUCCAUCAACCUUAAUAUCUCCACCUGUAGUCUCAACUUGAUGACUCGUGACUGCAAACAGAUCAUAGCCAACCAUCACAUGCAGUCCAUCUCCUUUGCAUCAGGUGGAGACCCUGACACGACGGAUUAUGUUGCCUAUGUAGCAAAGGACCCCGUCAACAGAAGAGCUUGUCACAUCCUUGAGUGCCCUGAUGGAUUGGCUCAGGAUGUCAUCGGCACCAUCGGCCAGGCGUUCGACCUUCGGUUCCAGCAGUACCUGCAGUGUCCCUCCAGCAAACUGCCCUCCACGGUGUUAAACAUGGAGGAGUUGCCUUGGACAGAAGAGGAGGAGGAGUCAGCAGAACACCCUUACUACAACAACAUCCCUGGCAAAAUGCCACCUCACGGAGGCUUUGUUGACAGCCGGCUGACCAAUCAGAACGCAGCAUCAGAUGGAUGCCAGAUGGGUCCAGGCUCAGUGGAUCAGACGUAUUACCAGGGCCGACAUUGUGAAAACUGGGCAGAUGAAAGGAAGCCCAUCUUCUUGCAGCAAGGAUCGUUUGAUAUCAGCAGCCUGCCAGACAGUAAAGGUCAGACGCCUAAAAUAGGAGACAUGCCCACGUAUGUGAACACCCAGCAGAUUGAUGCCCAGGUGCUCACAGCUCUCCAGGCAGAAGUCGAGAAUGUCACAAGGAGCGUGGCAGCUGCAGCCAAAGAGAGCCCGCAGAAGGACCUGUUUGACAUGAAGCCGUUUGAGGAAGCCAUUCAAUCCCAGUCCCAGAGUUUGUCCCAGGGACAACCCCAGAGCCAUGUGUCCAGUCUGAACAAAGCAGCGUCGGUGGACAACUCCAGCCCUCUACUUGUAAGAUCGUUGGCCUUCCGUGCACAGGAAGAGUUGGAAGGCCAGACAUGGUACCAUGGAAAAAUGAGCCGCCGAGAUGCAGAAAAACUGCUUAAAAAUGAUGGAGACUUUCUUGUCCGCACAAGUACCACCAAUCCGGGGUCCUACGUUCUGACAGGCAUGCACAAUGGACUUGCAAAACAUCUGCUGCUCGUGGACCCUGAGGGAACGGUACGGACAAAAGAUCAUAUAUUUGAUAGCAUCAGUCAACUCAUUGGCCAUCACCGUGACAACAAUCUGCCAAUCGUGUCAGCUGGGAGUGAACUGUGUCUCCUUCAGCCCGUUGAACGGAAACUGUGAUGCUUGCAAUGCCUGCUGGGAAACAGAAAGCUCUAAACAGUCUCCUAACCUUGAACUUGAAGACAGAAGGCGAUGAGAGGAAGACGAACUCUUCAAAACCAUCCUGCUUUGCCAGAGUCGCUGGAAAAACAUAAGAUUUGUUUAAGACUAAAGAAAAUAUUUAUAGAAUUGUUAUUUUGUUGUGAUGACUGAAAUGCUAUAUUUUUCAGAAGAAACGGCUGCAUUUGGACAUGAUAUCUUCAUUUGGUGUUUUAAGAGUACAAAGGAGGAAUUGUUCUUGUAGUUUAGAUGAAGUCAAAUCAAGCCUCAAAGAGGCGUUGAGAGUAUUUUAGAAUAAGAUUCUAAAAGUUUAGUUUUGUCAGUCAAGCACAAACAGUAUUUCUACAGGUUGGUGAUCACAGGAAAGCUGUUUUUAAUAAGUUGUGUAAGAACAACACCUUUAAGUGUGACACCUGAAUAGUCUCUACACGGAGGUUAGAACAGAACUUGUUUUUGCUUUGAGCCGAACACGGACGCCGCUCUCAGAGCCGUCGGGCUUUAACGAUCAACUUUUUUUACGAAGUGUUUCCUCGUGUCACUGCAGCUGCAUGACAUGAAGCCAACAGUUCUCGCGGCCAUGUUUGUACACCCCUUGAUUAGGAGGAGGUGCUCGUGUUUACGCUGACACUGUAAAAAAUUGUUCUGCUUAUCAUCCAGUGAUGAUUUUCACUUGGUUUCUUUUUAGGUGUUUUAGUUGGUGAUUUGUUUUUGGUGCUUGACUAUUCCAGCUUGUAGUUUUUUUGUUUUUUUAUUAACACGUUUAUUGUUUUAGCACACUUUUAACAAUUGGAUUUUUUAUUUGACUGAUGCCAAAAUUAAUAGCACAAUCAAACUCUGUCAGACACAAUUAGAAGGUGGUGUUCACGAUUUAUUUUUCAAUAUGACAACUUUUUAGCAACUAGAUGUCACUAUAGCGCUUAUUUAGCCCAACUCAGCUGUCUUAGUUUAACACAAAACAGGUUUUCAGCCAUUUCAACUUAAUGGUUUAUUUACAUGUGGCUGUCAUGUGUACACAAUGGUUCAGACAGACAACUUUUUCUGUUGGAAAAUUAAAUCCAGAUUUGGCCACACUUUUCGUUCGUAAAGGACUCAAAUGGAUACCAAAUGAAAGGGGCCAUUGUGUUUGAAAUGCACUUGCCCACUUCAGUUGAACCAAAAUCAGUUCAGUGAGUUUGACAAGACAGAUGCAAUGUAAUACAACGUGCCUGUGUUUUGCUGCAAGAUGGUGUGUACAUAUUUGCAUCUCACUACGAGACGUUUAGCCAGUUUAAAAGACAAAAGAAGCAUUGAGGAUUUUCUCAAACUCAACUUUUACUUCUGCGGUGACAUCAUCUGUUCAAAUCAGGGAUAAUAUGAAGGCAUAAUAGGCAAUUUGUGGAAUAAAUGGAAAGUUGUGCAGAUUUUAUUUUGAACAAAGCAUAAAGAGAAGAAACAACUCCAUACUUGAACCUCACUCACUGCUAACAGAACAAUUAGCUUUGAAGAGAAAUGAAAUGACCAAACACACUGAUAAGGACAUGACGUUUCUCCAGAUUUCUGUUUUUGAAUAUGUGCCUUUUCUUUGUACAAACAGUGUUUUUUUUCUCUCCCUUCCACGUGCAAUAGCUGAUCUUCGAUGGGGCAUGCCUGUUCACUUGAGGUUGUGUUUUCGCCCUGCUGCGUGUUGCUGCUUGAGGCUACUGUCCUCCCUCUAAAUCUUGGUCUCUUUUCCGUUCCUCGCUCCCUCGUCAUGGAUAUGUAUUAUAAGUGUAUCAUUUCCAGGAUUAUAAAUACAAAAUUGUUUUCAUCAAAAGGGGAGUCACACAAGCUCACUAUUUUGGGACAGGUAAACAGAAAAAUAGGAAAUUAAAAUGAGUCCAAAUGAUGUUUACAAAUGUUUAAUCUUUUAGUUGUAUGGGUUUGUCAUUAUUCUGUAUGACUGUUGGCAAUAAAAUAGUGAAUGUGUAGAA